AUGAGUAAAAAAAGUUCAUCAAAUUUGAAUAAUGGAAAUACCUCAAUUUUUAAGGAAAAUUCAUUUUUGACAAUAAAUUCACCCGCAACAAGGUGGUUUGAUUGGUUGAGUAAUUCUCAAUUAGAAAAAUGGUCAACUUUGUUAAGCUUAAUCUUUGGAAUUUAUAUAAAAUGGACUGUAGGUUUAAAUCCAUACUCAGGUUACAAUACUCCACCAAUAUAUGGAGAUUUUGAAGCACAAAGACAUUGGAUGGAGUUGACAUUAAAUGUUCCAAUUAAACAGUGGUAUUAUUAUGACACAGAAUGGUGGGGCCUUGAUUAUCCUCCACUGACAGCAUAUGUAAGUUGGAUUUGUGGCAAAAUAGGAUAUUUAAUUAACCCUGAAUGGGUUGAACUAGAUGAAUCUCGUGGUUAUGAAAGUACAGAACUUAAAAUAUUUAUGAGAUCAAGCUUAACAGUAAUUAUAACAUUUAGUGUGAUGUUUUUUCCAUUCUUAGAUUCACUUGAUCAGAUUACACAAGUGAUUUGGCGUAUUUUCCCUUUAUAUCGUGGAUUAUAUGAAGAUAAAGUUGCCAACAUUUGGUGUUCUAUAAAUGUGAUUAUUAAAUUACAUUCACUUGAUCAGAUUACACAAGUGAUUUGGCGUAUUUUCCCUUUAUAUCGUGGAUUAUAUGAAGAUAAAGUUGCCAACAUUUGGUGUUCUAUAAAUGUGAUUAUUAAAUUACGUGAAUUGUUUGAAAUCUAUGUAUUAACAAAGUUGAGCCUUUUAACAACUCUUAUAGCUAUUUUACCAACUUGUUUUUACAUUGGAAUAACAACUGAUAAACAUCAACUUGUAUAUAGCUUAGCAAAUUGUUCUUUAGCCUUUUUUUUGUUUUCUUUUCAGAGUGAAAAACAACUUACCCAAGAUAAAAUUCUUAAUAAUAAAGAUUUUGUACCUUGGUGA